CCAGACUCUAAUGGACAAAGCAGAUUGAGCAGAGUCUAUCCCAAACAACAAGUGUGCACAGCUUGUAAACCAGGGAGCCCGGUCAAAGCAUCCUGGAAUUCUGAAGAGAACCCGCAGCUGUGAAUUGCUUGCCUUAACAGAUGUCAGCCAUGAACUCCCUUGCAUUGAACAGGAUUGAUGGAACCAAUAUGGAACCCAUAAAAGACACAGUGGAUGCCAUUCAAGUCACUCCUGAUUCAGAGCUUCCUUCUUCAAUUGCCACCAGCAUGGCCUGCUUGUCUUCCCAACAGGGGAAGGUUCCUCUCCGCUUUGCCUCCUGCAGCAAUAGCUGUGGGGUUCCCCCUCAGGCUUCUGUGAAGCAGCAGCAGCCCCAGGCCUCAAAGAAGCAGCGCAUCAGCUCCACUUCCUCCGUCUGCACCACCAGCAGUAAGAAGAGCUGCAAAUCAACAGCUUCUCAGAUUCAAGAGGUGGCCGGGGAUGAUUCUUGUACUCUCUGUGCCCUGGCCUGCCUCUUUUGUGAGUUCAUGACCGUCUGCUCUCUCUUCCUGGAAUGUGGGGCCUGUAGGGGCUGCCUAGAGGCUUGCUGCAGUGGGGAAGGAGGAGAACCACUAUCUGAAGGCUGCUGUGGUGAGGCAGGUGGUGGAAAUUGCCCCUGUGGUUUGGGCUGCGGGAUGCUGCAAGAUUGCUGUGGUUCCUCAGACUGUCUUGAGAUCUGCCUGGAAUGCUGUUCCAUUUGUUUCCCAGCCUAGUUGCCACAUGCUCAUCCAAUGUAUGCAGUGGCAGGCCAGAAAGGUGCCCAUCUGCCGCUCUAAGAUUUCCUUCCCUUGCUUCAGAGUGAAAAAAGGUGGAUGCUCUGAAUUUCUUUUGCUAUGGCCUCAUAUAUUGUGAUGCCAAUGAAAACAUCAUGUUACAAUUGGGCAUCCACUAGGUGGCAGCAAAGAGAUAAAAAUACCUCUGACAAGUGCCAUCUAGUGCCAUCUAGUGGUUGUCUGCAUCUUUGUAAAGCAAAAAUAAAAUACCUCCAAUUGCCUCCGCACAUAAAUGGAUGGAUGUUAUUGUCCAGACAAAUGAAGCACAUUUAAAACAGUUUCAUUCCAUUAUAUUCGAGUCAUCAUCAAAAGUAUACAUUUAUGCUGCGGACAUGUUAAAAUUCUUCUUGAAUCCUGAAGUAUUAUCAAAUCUAGUUUCUCUUCUUUUGGUAGUUGUGGAUAGAGCUAUUGGUGAUGUCUUUUCCAUGAUGGUUGCAGGGAUGUCCCAAUAAGAUGAAGCAACCAAUAGGAUUUGUCCCUGCUCUUCUCCCUCUUUUAGGAAAUGUGAUUAAAGAUCAGCUCCAUUGAGUUUGCAAUAUUUGUAUUGGAUGAACUGAAAUAGGAAGAUUCUGCUGCUAUUAAGUCCUGCAGAGGUCUCAGAGUCAGACCCAAGGCAAUUCCUCUAAUGUGACGGGAUGGUGUGUGCCUUCGUUUCAAACAUGUAUUCUGCAACUCACUGCCUCCUGAUGUGUUGAACUGCAGUUUCUCGGACCAGCAAGAGAACCUGACAUUUGGGAAGGCUGAGUUUGACACACUCCAGUUGCCAGAGCUCCACUCGUGUGUGUUUUUUUAUGUGCCAGAUAAUAUAUUACUAUUUUAAACACAAUGACUGUAAAAUAAAUUAAAUUAAAGGAAUAAAAUGAA